AUAAAGGGUUAUUGCCAUCAUUUUUUUCCACUAAAAGCCUUCACCAUUAAAAUGGCAUCAUUCAGUUUUUAUCUAGUACUAAUGAUCAUGAUGGUUUUCAUGCCUUCACCUCUCCUUUCAUCUUAUUCACAAUCACAACAACCUCUUCCUGAAAUUCCCACACUCUCCUCUUCUUCACCAGCAACAAAAACAGAUCCUUCUCCAUCUUCACUCUUUCCUUCCCAAGAUUUGUCACCUGACAUUGCUCCACUCUUGCCUUCCUCUGGUGGUGCUUUACCAACUCCUACAGGCUCUGACAUUCCCACUAUUCCUUCCAAUCCAAGUCCUCCAAACCCAGAUGACAUCAUUGCUCCAGGACCCUUUUCUGCAUUUGCACCAUUUGGAUCAAUACAAGCUACUUCCAAUGCUCAUACAAGUGUAGUUUUUGACAUAGCCACUGUUGCUUUUGCAUGUUUAGCAGCAUACAUUUCUUUGCAGUAAAUGAUUUGUGAUGUAUCAUAUCAUAUUCCACUUUCUUGUUUGUUAAUUUUUCAUUCUUGCCUUGUAGUAUAUGAUGAUAUCAUAAUGAAAUUCAGUUUCUUUCUCAA